CUAAAUCUUAUAGAUACCACUGCCAUUCAACACAGUCAGAUAGUGACCAGUGUUAGUAAUCAUGAUUGUCUUUCUUACUGUUCUUAAAAAGAGAAUUUUUUCAAAGCAGGAUUGAUUACAUACACAUUCCAGAGGAGAAAAUAUCAGAGGAAAUAAAUUGCCGAAUUUCAAAUCCCAAAGAUUUGAAAUUGUACUAUAGUAGAGUGUCUUGGUGACUAUAAAUUCAGAGGUUUCCCAAAUUCACCUUCAGGUUCAAUAAUUCACUAGAAAGAACUCACUGAAAGCUAUUAUAAUCACAUUUAUUCCAGAGAAAGAAUACAAGUUAGAACCAGCCAAAGGAAGAGACACAUAGGGCAGAGUCUAGGAGGGGUCCAAACUCCAGUCGUCCUUUCCAAUUGUCCACUCCCUGUGGAGUCUUAGACGAUGUUAUAUACUCUGGCCACAAUUUAUGAUACUACACGCAAGUACUGCCAAUCGGGAAAGUUCACCCACGCUUUGGUGUUCAGAUUUUUACUGAAGUUUUAUUACUUGGCAUGAUUGAUAGAUUCUUUGCACACAUGGUUGAACUCACUCUCCAGCCCUGACCCUCCCUGGAGAACUAGCUGACAUCAGGCUCUAGGGGCUCAUGUUAGCAUAAAUUAUAAGAUGUGAUUUGAGGAGCCCAAUAUGAAUAACAAAGACACUCCUCUCACUGGGACCUCCUGACGAUAAAGGCCAGAACUCUGGGUAAGGCCAAAUUCCUUACACAGUGGCCAUUCGUCUCUCAUACACAUUCUUCUGAACUGAUGAGGAUGACACAAGCAAUGACAAUUGUUUAUGGAGACAUUUAUACAUUGUCAUUUUUAAUUUCAGAAAUUUUGUGAAAUGAUUCUGAACAUGACUCAAGGGCAGAAAAACAUAAUCAGAUACAGUGCUAAGUAGCAUAUGUAGUAUUUAUUUAGUUUUCAGUUCUGAUAUUUAAUUACAAUUUUAUUAAAUGUUGGAAUACUUUAAAGACAUUUAAAAAUUAAUUUAUAAACUUUUAAUCUAUGCUGUAUAUUAACAUACAAUUUUGAGCUAAUUUUAUUUAUUUAGAAGAUCUAAUUGGCUUUUUUGACGAUUCAUGAAUUGGGCAGCAUCCCAUCUAGCAACUAGAAGGGUGCUCGCUGAGCUAACUGUAAAUUACCAGUAGCCAUCACUUUAGUUUGGCUCAUAAUAGGCCUUCACUGUUAACUGACAGCUCCACAUUUCCAGUCAUCCUUUAUUGGGGUUAAGUAUCAGCCCUCCAUUGGAUCUAAUCAGGUUUUUUCAUUUAUGCAUUUAUUUACAUUUAUUUAGGGUUUCUAAUAUGUUAAAAGUAACUUCUUUAAAACAAACAGUAAUGAUACUCCUUUGGGAAUAGUUUACCUGAGAUACACACGUUCAUCCUUUUUUAACUUGAACUUACUGAGGAUUUAAAAGAAUAAUGAAUGCUGUUACAGUGUUUUGGGGUAAUCAUCUGAAAAUUCACUCUAAAAAAAUGUACUUUAAAUGUAAAGUAUUUAAAAGGUUUAGUUAAAAUGUGUUAAAUCAGACUUCACUUGUAUAUUUUAAACAAAAUCUGUGGAUGUGAGUUUAUUCUUUUAAAAAACAUUGUAUAUACAAAAACACAAUUUCUAAUAAUUGAGGGUUUAAGUUUUCUCCUUUAGGCUGAAGUUUUAUUAUGUUCCAUUUUAUUCUAUUUUGCUUGGAUAGUAAAUACAGCAAUUAAAAAUUAUGAUGCUAAGUGCUUUUUCUAAUAUAUGCAAGCUGCUUCAACAGGUUUUUAAAGAUAGCAACAGUAAUAUUUCUUGGAUGCUAAUAGGAUUACAGAAAAGGACAGAGCCUCAAGGAAUAGGUUCUCCUAGUGUUUAUCAUGCGGUUAUCGUCAUCUUUUUGGAGUUUUUUGCUUGGGGAUUAUUGACAGCACCCACCUUGGUGGUAUUACAUGAAACCUUCCCUAAACAUACAUUUCUGAUGAAUGGCCUAAUUCAAGGAGUAAAGGGUUUGUUGUCAUUCCUCAGUGCCCCACUUAUUGGUGCUCUUUCUGAUGUUUGGGGCCGAAAAUCCUUCUUGCUGCUAACAGUAUUUUUCACGUGUGCCCCAAUUCCUUUAAUGAAGAUCAGCCCAUGGUGGUACUUUGCUGUUAUCUCUGUUUCUGGGGUUUUUGCAGUGACUUUCUCUGUGGUAUUUGCAUAUGUAGCAGAUAUAACCCAAGAACAUGAAAGAAGUAUGGCUUAUGGACUGGUUUCAGCAACAUUUGCUGCAAGUUUGGUAACCAGCCCUGCAAUUGGCGCUUAUCUUGGGCGAGUGUAUGGGGACAGCUUGGUGGUGGUCCUGGCUACAGCGAUAGCUCUGCUAGAUAUUUGUUUUAUCCUUGUUGCUGUGCCGGAGUCAUUACCUGAGAAGAUGCGGCCUGCAUCAUGGGGAGCGCCCAUUUCCUGGGAACAGGCUGACCCCUUUGCAUCCUUAAAGAAAGUGGGCCAGGACUCCAUAGUGCUGCUGAUCUGCAUUACGGUGUUUCUCUCCUACUUACCGGAGGCAGGCCAAUAUUCCAGCUUUUUUUUAUACCUCAGACAGAUUAUGAAAUUUUCACCAGAAAGUGUUGCAGCAUUUAUAGCAGUCCUUGGCAUUCUUUCCAUUAUUGCACAGACCAUAGUCUUGAGCUUACUUAUGAGGUCAAUUGGAAAUAAGAACACCAUUUUAUUGGGUCUAGGAUUUCAAAUAUUACAGCUGGCAUGGUAUGGCUUCGGUUCAGAACCUUGGAUGAUGUGGGCUGCUGGGGCAGUGGCAGCCAUGUCUAGCAUUACCUUUCCAGCUGUCAGUGCACUUGUCUCACGAACUGCUGAUGCUGAUCAACAAGGUGUCGUUCAAGGGAUGAUAACAGGAAUUAGAGGAUUAUGCAAUGGUCUGGGACCAGCCCUUUAUGGAUUCAUUUUCUACAUAUUCCAUGUGGAACUUAAAGAACUGCCAAUGACAGGAACAGACUUGGGAACAAACACAAGCCCACAGCACCACUUUGAACAGAAUUCCAUCAUCCCUGGCCCCCCCUUCCUCUUUGGAGCCUGUUCAGUACUGCUGGCUCUGCUUGUUGCCUUGUUUAUUCCGGAACAUACCAAUUUAAGCUUAAGGUCCAGCAGCUGGAGAAAGCACUGUGGCAGUCACAGCCAUCCUCAUAGUGCACAAGCGCCAGGAGAGGCCAAAGAACCUUUACUCCAGGACACAAAUGUGUGACAACCGAAAUCAGGAAGACUUUUCUAUCAGCACCCAGGUCUUAGUUUUCACCUAUAGUUCUGGACGUACAUUCCAUUUCCAUCUACAAUGUACUUUAAGAUUGUCUUAAGAAAUGUAUCUGCAUGAACUCCGUGGGAACUAAAGAAAAGAACUGGACAGUUUUCCAAAGAUGUUACAAUUUCUUUUGAAAAGAAACCUUUUUGUUUAUUAGCACCAGUUUCUUGCCAUUAAGCUUUUUGUUUUAUUAUACAUCCUUUAAUUAAAAUUUAAAACUAUAUAUGUAACUUCUUAGAUACUAGCAAUGUCUCUGCUACCAUUUCCUUCAGGUGUUGAGCUUUAACUAUUUAUGCUGACUCGCAGUGAGACAGAGUAGGUAGUAUAGUGUGGAACUGUUCAUUUUAACAUUGUAAAAUCGUGAGUCAGAUUUUAAUAUUGUAAAAUCUUGGGUCAAAUAAUUCAAAGCCUUAAUGCAGAUGCACUAAAGUAAAGAAAUGGUAAAUGAACUGUUUGCAUUUAAAAAACAAAACUCUUAAGAAAACUAUAUUAAAUCUGAAUCAUGUUUCAAGCUUGUUUGUAGUAAUUUUAUUUUAAACAUUAUUCACUACUGUUUUUGAAAUGAGAAAAUAUCAGCCAUUUAGAAUUUAAAUUGGGGUGUUUGGAGCCUGUAAAUCUAAAUGCUGGCUCGCAUUUGUUCCCCAGCUACUUAUACUAUACCACUAUUCUUUUAAUGUUUGCAUAAUCAUAAGAACCUCAACACUUGAAUACAUAAUCUAAAAAUUAUAUAGUAAAGCUGGUAGCCUUGAAAAUGUUAAUGUGAUAUCUAUAUGUAGAUAAAUAUAUAUAGUGGCCUUUCAGGACUGUCACAGUAACACUUUAUUUACAGAUCUAAUGUUUGUCCUAAAUUUUCAGGACCCUAGAAGAGAGCUUUAUACAAUUACUGAUGUGAAUUUCUCUAAAGUGUAUAUUUUUGUGUCCAGUUAUAUUAUUUAAAAAAGUGUUACUUUGUAAAAAAUUGUACAUAAAGUAUUGUAUAGUUUACACUGUUUUCAUCUUAUGUGUGGUUACUGCUUAAUGCUUUUUAAACUUGGAACAUUCACUAUGGUUUAAAUAAGGUCUUAAAAGAAAUGUAAAUAUUCUGUUAAUAAAAUUAAAUAUUUUAAUGAUU